AUUGUACUAUACUGUAUUGCUUCCUUAUCAUUGCAAGAGUAAAGAACGAACAUCUAAGUUAUAAUUUUCCAUAUUCGAGGAUGGCCGCGAUGCUGUCCAACUGUUCGCGGUUUGUGCCUCGUGUAAUAACAAGAAUUAGUAUAUCACAAACGAAGGUUGUGAAAUCUUUAUAUAGUCAAGGGCACAUUCUAUUUAUCCACACCCAACAUGUGGUCAGCAAGAACUCCCGAUUAUGUACAAAAUAUAAGAAAUUUCAUUGUUGGAUAGACCAAACAAGAUAUAUUCAUUCAACAUCUACUUUAUGGGAAAUGAAGGAAGUUGUAGUACCACCAUUUGCAGAAAGUGUAAGUGAAGGAGAUGUUAGGUGGGAUAAAAAAAUUGGUGAUCUGGUUAAAGAAGAUGAUGUUUUAUGUGAAAUUGAAACAGAUAAGACUUCAGUUCCUGUACCAGCACCAGGUUCUGGUAUAAUAAAAGAGAUUUUUGCCAAAGAUGGUCAAACAGUAAAGUCAGGACAGAAGCUAUGUGUUAUUGACAUUGGUGCUACUGAUGGAGCACCGGCAGCACCUAAAGUUGUUGAAAAAGUUCCAAGUCCUCCACCUAGCAUAACAGCAGCACCACCACCAUCACCACCACCACCACCACCUCCAGCUCGACCGCCAUCUCCGCAAGGACCUACAGUAUCUAUACCAGUUACUACAAUUAAACCUGCUCAAGCAUUGGAAGCUGCAAAAGUACAAUUACCUCCUGAUGAUUAUACACGUGAAAUAACUGGUACCAGAACAGAACAACGAGUAAAAAUGAACAGAAUGCGAAUGCGUAUUGCAGAACGAUUAAAAGAAGCUCAAAAUACGAAUGCUAUGUUAACAACAUUUAAUGAAAUUGAUAUGAGUCGUAUUAUGGAAUUUCGCAAAUUACAUCAAGAAAACUUUACAAAGAAAUAUGGCUUGAAAUUAGGAUUUAUGAGUCCAUUUAUUGCAGCAAGUGCCUAUGCUUUAAAAGAUCAACCAGUAGUAAAUGCUGUAAUAGACGGUGCUGAAAUAGUUUAUAGAGAUUAUGUUGAUAUUAGUGUUGCAGUUGCAACACCAAAAGGACUUGUUGUCCCAGUUCUUCGUAGCGUAGAAAAUAAAAAUUUUGCAGAAAUUGAAAUUGCUUUGGCAGCUUUAAGCGAUAAAGCAAGAAAAGGUAAAAUAACUGUCGAAGAUAUGGAUGGUGGUACAUUUACAAUAAGUAACGGCGGUGUUUUUGGUUCUUUGAUGGGAACGCCUAUUAUUAAUCCACCACAAAGCUCAAUUCUUGGAAUGCACGGUGUAUUUGAUAGACCCAUUGCAAUAAAGGGCGAGAUCGUAAUUCGUCCAAUGAUGUAUGUGGCUUUAACAUAUGAUCAUCGAUUAAUUGAUGGACGUGAGGCUGUGAUGUUUUUAAGAAAGAUCAAGGCUGCUGUAGAAGAUCCCAGAAUUAUAUUAGCUGGACUUUGAGCAUCGUAAAUAUUUUUAUUAAAUCGCUUCAAACACGCCUCUCAUCAUAUCUAAAACAUUUUGUACACGUUGUAUUAUAUUGUGUUCAUCAAAACAACAUAUUCUUAAAUACUUAUUAAUCAUUGUGAUAAAUGAAAGUAAAAAGAGAAAAAUAUUAUACGCGAACGAAAUAAUACGAUGUAUUUCUCUUUUACAAACUUUGUUUUAUUAACAAAGUAUUAUUAAACUCACUCGUAUUGCAUUCAACAAUAUAAAUUAAUUUUUCUGUAACAUAUGAUACGGAAAUUAUCAUAUUAUAAGAUUUUUAAAUCUAAGCAAGAAUAAUAUAAAAAAUCUUCAUUGGUAUGAAAAAAAAAAUGUAUAUUUUAAACUUUUUGUGACUUAAACUUAAAAUACGUUACACAGUAAUUUGAAGAAAAAAGCAAAUUAAUAAUAAUAUGAAGGUUUUUACUUAAAAACAUACAUAUAUACAAUAUAUAAUAGAUAUUUAUUUUUAUUGGUUGAAUAUUAUUAAAUUUAAAAUUUUCAUUAUAUUCUUUAAAAACUUUUUAUAUUCUUAUUUAAUUAUAUAUGAUGUAAAAAUUGUAAACAAAUCAUUAUAUUUUUAAAACAAGUACAUGUAACAAUUGUUUUACUAUUUUUAAUCGUUAUUAUUUUUGAAUGAUUUUGAAUGAGACGUUAUAAAGAAGCGAUAAGAUUGAAAAGAUAGAAGAAGAUACUUUAUUGCAAAGAUAAAUGUAUCUAAAUAUUAAAAUAAAAUUUCACAAAUCUA